GUUUUAGUGGUAUCUUAAAAAGCUACAAUUUGGAAUAUUUUUAUGUGAAAGCUGUGAGCAAUUUAUGGUUUCGGAAUUCGUGGAAUUUUCUUUUAAGUAAAACCAAAAUGUUCUCGCACCAGUUUGGUGUCCACAAAUGGCACAUUUUGAAGGUAACUCUAUUGAUAUUUGUGAUUAGAGGUAAGUUUCAAUUCAUCAUGCUGUUUAAUUUAGUAUGAAAGGUGCAAAUAAACAAAACUAGCCUGCUUUCCAAUACGCCUGCACCGUAAUAUUGUGAACCUAUAAAUUAUACAAUUAACAAAUUAUUGAUUCGCCUAAUUAACUACCCAAUGAAUUAUGACCAUAUAGAAUGUAUCAUGAGAUGAUUCAGAUGUUGUUGUUUUUUUUGGGGGGGGGAUUUAGUUACAAUACGUGACCAUUAAUCAACUUUGUAUUAAUGUUAACAAUUUCAAUUCCUUUUUGCUUCAUUAUGAUCAACUACAGGUGUAAACUGUGACUUGACCAUCUCUCCCCCGGGAAACUCGCUGGUCAACGCCACUGUUGGCAGCAACGUGACUCUGGUAGUGGCCAUCAGUGGUGCACCUGACCCUGUGGUCACAUGGAAUAUGGGGAGUUUACCUGUGGUUACCUGGACCCUUGGCUCCAGUGUUCCACCAGACAUAUCUGCCAUUCACCGUGAUGUGCUGAAGAUUGAGGCCGAUGGGUCCCUCACCUUCCAAAAUGUGUUGUUUGUCUACAGUAACACCUACACAGUGGACAUAGUCAAGUCUGGAUUGAAGACCGUCUCAGCCACAUUUGUGCUAAAGGUCUAUGGUGAGUAUUGGGCAUUUGGCGCCGGUUUCCCAGACCCAGAUUAAGCCUAUUCCUUUACUAAAAAGCAGUUUCAAUAGAGAUUCUCCUUUGAGCACACCUUUUAGUUGAAUAUUACACAUAUUAGUUGAAGAUUAGACUUAAUGUAGAGGUUAAUCAUGUUAGGAUACCCGUUUAAGGAAUUCUGCAGCUACAUUGUCCUCCUCACCAUGGAGAAGCAAUACGGUUUGUCCAUCCAUCUGUGUCCUUUACCCCAACUGUUGCUCUCCUUUCUGCUUUCAGACUACAUCCAGAACGUGUCUGUGAACACCGAGCCUGCCGAGGCCAUAGAGGGAGCCGGCAAGUUCACUCUUCAGUACAGCACACUGCAGGGAGAGGCCGACCAGUGGAGGUGGUACUUUAACAGUGUGGAGAUACAUACCAACUUCCACUACACGGUGAGCCAGAAGAGCCUGGUCAUCCUUCAGCCCAACCGGACCGACACAGGACUUUACACCUUGGUCCUGACCAACCCUUUCAGCACUGUCACGUCUCAUAGGAAAAUCACUGUUCUGUGUAAGGAAGUGGUUGAAUCUCGCCUUAUUUGGCCAAAACAUUAGUCUGAACAUUACUUUCAUUCUACUUUUUUACUCGACUUUAUUAGUUAACAGCACAAUUUUCCAUCUUGUGCACCCGUAAUUACUCGCAUGUCUCUAGUUUUGUAGUUGAAUCCUUUAACAAUCCUUUACUGAAAGCAACAUGUUUCCCUGUCUCACAAAUCCACUUUACCACGUCUUUAUUUCCUUCAACUCCUCUAUAUGGAACACUUUCUUACUCUUCUACCUUACACUGUACUAAAAAUGCUACCAGAAAUUACAUCUACUUUAACCAGCCAUUUGAUGAAACCGAUAUGCCCAUCUGACUUCCCCCUUUCUCUUCCACUACUAGAUGGACCAGACGAGCCCAUGCUUGGAGCCAGUCCGUCCCAGGCCUUCUUUGUUUCCGGAGAUUCCCUCUCUCUCUCUUGUCAGGCCGAGGGGGUUCCCCAGCCCUCCACCUCCUGGAUGUUUGGUGGUCAGACCCUGCCUGUUUCCCAAGGAGGAAGUCUCAAUCUGACCAAUGUCCAAACUAGCCAGGGGGGUAUAUACACCUGUGUGCUGGUCAAUGAGAACACAAGAACGCAGCGCAAGAGGAACUUGACGGUCAACAUUUAUGGUAGAGUAUUAGCAUCUAUUGAGGGGCAAAGUAUUGUUGCUGGAGUGUGACACGGUACACAUGCUUUGCCUUGUGUUGUUUGAUAUCAUUGGUCUUAGCAUAAGGGGUCUUGAAACAUCUGGAUUAUCUGCAUUAGUUUAGGGUGCAAGUGUUCUAAUUAUGCCCCCUCCCCCUUGUCUUCCUACCAUCACAGAGAGCCCGACAGCCAGCCCACUGUGCUCAGUCAAUGCAGUGAACGGAAAUGUUGACCUGCAGUUCCACUGCCAGUGGCCAGGAGGCACCCCAGAAGCCCUACUGGCCUUCCCUGCCUUGAACAACGCCACCAGCGGUGCCGGAGACUUCAGCCUGACUACGCCUGCCUCUCAGAACUUCAAUGGGAAAAUGGUCCUCUGUAUGGCCUAUCACCCCCUCCAUCAGACACAGUGCAAUAUUACUGCCAGUGAGUUACUUAUUCCCUAUUCCAUACUAGACUAUGUAAGGUCCAGGCGUUUUGCAGGUUUGCACAACAAACAGAAUGUUUGAGAAUCACACAGUGUAACUAGUGGUCUCAUUCCUCCUCAGCUGGUCCUGCAGAGUUCCUACCGAUGGUCUUGACCACAGUGGACCAAGAUGGUAAAAUAGUGGUCACCAUCCACUGCAACAGCCAUGCCACGCCCAAGGCUAUGGUCACAUGGUCCAAAGGUAGCGAGCUCUUAGCCAAUGGGUUGCAGUACCAGAUCAACAUGGACACUGCGCAGCUCAGCAUCCACAAUUUUAACACCAGCACCACUCACCUCUACACUUACACCUGUAACUGUAGCAACCCACUGGGCAACAAUGAAAAAAGACUCAGUUACUGGGUAUGUCAUAGGCCAGUUUCUCAGGUGGUGGUUAACAGCCUGUUUUUCUUGGGUCAUGGAUAGAUUUGGCGCGAAAUACAUGGUUUUGUUUACUUGGUGGGUCACCAUGAAAUUUGGAAGGCUUUAUGUAGGACACUACGCAAAAAACAAAGAAAUUGUGAUCCACUGUUAUAGUAGUGUUUUAUAUCCCUCAAGUAACACCGCUAAUAGUAGUUACAGCAUGUGGUUAAACAUACAUAAUGUGAUCUCUGUGCUGAGCACUGGGAAGGAGUUGUACUGUAUUUAAAUGACUGGAGAAUCAAAUGUUACCUGAGAGUUCUAGAGCACUAGAUUACUAGACUAAAGCAGCACAAUGGGGUCUUAGACUGUGUAAAGAAGAACUUGCUUUUUUUAGUUUUACACAAAGCGCCAUAGUCUCCCUCUCACCCCUCUCUCCAGGCCCCACCAUCUCAGAUUCCAGUCUUUUCCCUAAUCAAGAUGGAACCAUCAUCACAAUGACCUGGGAGGUCCCUCCCACCUCUGUGAUUACAGGUAAAGCUGCUGACGUACCUAUGCUCACAAAUGUUCCUGUAAAAACGAUAUUGAGAGAACAUAAGAAUAUGAUUUCCCACAAUUUAGGCAUUGUAAUUUUACGACAUGGGAGCCUCCCAGUUUUCAACCCUUUGUGGAAUGGCUUUUGAUCUCACUGCUGAACUUGUAGACCUCAGCAAUAUUGCUGCUGGGAAAAGAUGCAACUCCAAACACAGGAGAUAGGGGUGUACUGUAAAUAUUGCUUAAUGUCUGAGACCAUCUGGACUAUCCGGCUUUGCUCUAGAGCGCACAAUGAUUUGGUGUGAGAAACUAAAAUUGUAGCCUAAGAGGUCUAAACCUAUUUUUUUUAAAUGAGCCUGCUAUUUUCCUUUUAUGUCGUUUUGGGUCUAUAAAGCUGUCCUCAAGCACUUGGCUGAGAAUCUUGUAUAAUACUACUCAGUAGUGUCAGCUUUGGGAUACAAUUUGACAUUUUACCUGGUUUUACAUGUAUCUUGGCUGUAGUUAAUGUCAAAUUAUAUGGAACAUCCCUUUAAGUACUGCUCAACACUGGUUUCUGUCCCUCCGUUGCGUUUGAAGGCUUUGACAUACAGAUGAGCGGACCAGACCCUAAGUGGCAAUAAAAAUGGCGGCCGAAGUAAAAGAGCCACAGAGGGAUUCCGGAGCAUUCAGCAGAGGCCCGGAUCCUCCCGGAGCACUGAUAUCUCUGUUCUGGAUCCCAAAUCCACAUACUACUUCCGGGUCAUCCCCAUUGCUGGCAGAACUCAGGGGGAACCAUCAGGGGUGCAGAUAAUUGGACCCGGUAUUUGAACUGACUUGGAUCAUUUUCCUAUUCAGGUCAGAUCGUUUGGGAGGUGCUAAUCUGUUUCCCACUUACUAGUUGGCUUGGCAUUGUUCCAUGUGAAGAAAUUAAUUCAUUUCUUUAUAAGAUAGUCAGUUGUAUUUUUUAAAGAGACUGAGGAAUGAGCUGGAUGUUAACAUAAUGAAGUGAUAAAUGUAAACCUCCACAUGAUGCUGGUAAAGUUAAACUUAUAGUCAACGUUAUGCUUCCAUGUCACCUUUGACACAUCAGUGGAGAGUCGGCUCUGUGAAUGCUGCUCUAACAGAUUGUACUGUGUGUGUGCGCUGGUGUGACAGGUGGUCUGAGCGGACCACAGAUUAUAGGCCUCGCUGUCGGGAUCCCCUGUAGCCUCCUCUUCCUCCUGCUCCUCAUCGGCCUCAUAUACCUCUGUGUCUACUGCUGCAGGAAGAAACGUAGGAGCACCACCCUCAAUCCCCUGAUCUUCCUUCCCGUUUUGUUAUCACAUCCGGAAGCAAGUGGUUUUCACUAUAAAAUGCUGUUUCUGUUUUAUAGGUCAACAGAACAUAUAUCCCGUGCCCAAAGCAGUGAAGGUAAUGCCAGUAAUUGGGAAAUGUGUUAUUGCACAACUGUCAUGUUCCUACCUGUACUGUAGAGCUCAUAUUCUCUUGCGCGCGCACUCGCUCGCGCUCUCUCACCCCAUGCAGGCGGUGUCAACCCAACCAGACAUAAACACUCCCAACCAUCUGCUGACUGGAGGAUUCAAACCACUGCCUGAUUACAACAGAAUAACAUUACAAGUGGUAAUUCACCCCGCCUUGUCAUGACACACUUACAAAACAUCUACACAUCAGGGACCAUAUUCACAAAGCAUAGAAGAGUAGGACUGGUGAUCUAGGAUCAGUUUUGCCUUUUUAAACCAUAAUGAAUAACACUCCUACUCUGAGACGCUUUGUGAAUAUGGGCCGUGUGGAAUUGCUAUUGGGUUAGAACUGUUAUAUAGAAAUGUAGGAGAGUGACAUACAAGAUGUCUAUUCAGAAAUGAUUUACCAGCCAUACUUUGUAUCUGAUAUCUUUUCCAGGCUCCGUCUGAGCGGUCAAUCCCUCUCCCCACGUUUGUCGCUCCUCCCCCUGUGAGAACUGCCACAAUUGUGUAA